AUGAAAUCAUUUAAAUUAUUUAUAUGUUUAUUAUUAUCAUCAAUUAUAACUCUAUGUUUAGGAGCAACAGUAUUUGUUGAUCAAGCUGGUACUAAUACAGAAGCAACAUGUGGAAGUACUAUAGCUUUGGCUUGUCAGAAUCUACAGACUGGUUUUGCAAUGGUCAUGGCUGACCCAGACACUAGUGCCACUUCAAUGAACGUUGCAACUGGUACUUACAAGGGCGCAGUUAACGGAAACAUUCAAUUCUAUAAUCGUUCAGUCACUAUCUAUGGUAGCGUUGGUACUGUAUUUGACUUGACUGGUGUAGCCCCCUAUUUCUUUAAUUUGGCUCCUGCCGCUGGUGUCGUCGUCACUGAUGCCGACGUCACUCAAUUGACCAUCAACGACAUUGCAGUCAUCAACUUUGAUGCAUCUGUAUCUGACGGUUCGUUGUUUUAUUCGACUUCGGCAUCGACCAUGGUUGGUGUAGAGAUUCAUAACAGUAACUUUACCAAUAUCAUCGGAACGACUGGUACCAUCCUCUAUUUCAACAAUGGAGCUGAAACGUCGAACCAAGGUGCCGUUAUCGUUGACGGAUGUAUUUUCACCAAUGUCAAUACUACCAUGUCGGCUAUUCAAGCAUUACAUGUUCAAACAACCAUCUCGUAUUGCACUUUUACCCAAAACGACGCCAGAUACCUUAUCAUGGUAUGGUACGGUGCACUCACAAUCACCAAGAACUCAUUUGUUAAUAAUAACUUUACAAAUGUCCAACUUGGUGCAUUGGUCUAUGGUGGAGUCAUCCAAUCAGAUCCAUUUGUUGUGACAUCCAACUUAUUUGAUAAUAACCGAUUGUACGGGUCGGCUAUCCUCGCCUACACAUCUACGAUGGUCAGUAUCAAGAACAACGUAUUUUCAAACUCCCAAAGUAUGGGUGUCAUUUGCAGUGUCAGUGAUAUCACCAUCAACAACAGUACAUUCACCAACAACACUGCCAAUACAUACGGUCAAGUACAUAGCAGCGGUGCUUGUAACGUCGACAUUAUCAACUCUAAUUUCACAUCCAACUAUGCUCGUAUGGGUUCAGCCAUCUCAUCAAUCUCACCCAACAAUGUCCUCUCUAUCGCAUCGUCCAACUUUAUCGAUAACUCUGCAAUCGAUGGUGGAGCCAUUUACCUAUCACAAACAACUGCCACCUUCCUCAACCUUGUCAUCAACGGAAACAAUGCCUCUUCUUCAGCUGGUGCCAUCUACGCUACUCAACAAACUGAUAUUUCAUUUGAAAAUGUUACUCUAAAUAAUAAUGUUGCCACUACUGCUCCUUCAAUUGGUUGCGAUGGAAAUUCAACAUUAUUUUUUGGAUCAAAUGUAAAUGGUAGUGGAAAUAUUGGUUACAGCGAUCAAGAAUUACCACUUGUUGUUUGUGAUAAUACAGUAUCAGGUGGUUGCAAUAUUUCAGGUGAAAUUGAUGGAUCCAUUUGUGUUGGAAAUACUCAUAAAUUGAGUAAUGGAGCCAUUGCAGGUAUUGUCAUUGGUGUUAUUAUCGGUCUUGCAAUCCUCGUACUAGUCAUUUACAUUGUUUACAAGAGACAUCAAAAUUCUAUCAAAUACCUAACACAAGCACAAAAUCUUGUAUAUAUAUUUAUUAAUAAUCAAUCUCAAAACACAACUGUGGCAUGUGGUAAUGAUGGCACACCACCCAAUGCAUGUCCAACUGUUGACUAUGCCAUAGCCUCGACACUGUUUACUCAAAAUACUGCAACUAGUCCUAUUAGAAUCGUAUUUUUGCCGGGAAGUUACGCAGCCUCGUCUACUGGUAACGACUUGUCAGUCUAUAACCAGACCAUUACCUUUGCUGGCUCGGUCGAAGACCCUACGUCGGUGGUGAUUGAUUUGUCCAAUACUACCAUGUACGCAGUCAAGGUGAAGCCCACUGGUCCCGUUCCAGCCACCACAACCAUCACCUUUACAGGUUUGACUAUUGCCAAUCUGCAAAUACCACAAGUUGGUGCCGGUGGUAUCUUUUACUCGGACCAAUCAACCAGCGAUGUUGGUAUAACAUUCGACACUUGCAUCUUUAACAAUAUCGCCUCUCCAGAUGGCUCCAUUGUUAAUAUUGUCGGUGGCAGUGCAAACACUCAAUCUGUAUUCUUUACACUGUGCUCAUUCAACAAGGUGCAAGCUUAUGAUGGUGCUGUUAUCCGUUCGUCAUCGGUCGACGUAGUUCUCAACUCGUGCAACGUCACCAAAUCGACAGCUGGCAACUUUAUCAAUGUCGUCAAUGCCGACCAUCUCAUCGAAAACAAUGCAUUUGUCUACAACACCAUUAUCGAUGGUGGCGACAACAACAAUAACAUCUCGGCAUUGAUCCAUGUGUCGUCGAGUUUUGGACAUGUCCAAGGCAACACAUUCACCGGUAAUGGUCUUACCACCCAAAUCAACUAUGGCUCCAACAGUGCACUCGUCUAUCUACAAGACAGUAAUACUACAGUCGGUCUCACCACCUUCCAAAACAACCAACAAAUCAGUGCUAUCGUAAGUACCUCUGAUCAAAGUAGCUCUGGAUCCCCCGUCAACACUAUCAACGUCAACUCGUGCUCGUUUACUGGUAAUGUCGCCGGUGUAAACGGACAAAUCCAAUUAUACAAUGCCAAAGCUUUCCUCACGGCCGUUAAUUUCACCAGCAACACUGCCCCCAAUUAUGGUGGUGCCAUCUUUGUUGCCAACGGUGCAACUCUCUCCUUGUCCAGUGUCACCCUAACCAACAAUACCGCUCGUCAAGGUGGUGCCAUCAUGGCAACAGACUCUACGCUCAAUGUUGACGGAUCCGUCUUUAGCCAAAACAAUGGUCAACAAUCUGGUGGUAGUAUUCUCCUCUAUUACAAUUCUAGCCUUACCCUUGUAAAUUCUCAAUUCUCUUUUAAUCAAGCUGGUUUUGGUGCUUCUCUUUUGUGUCAAGAUUUAUCAACUAUUGCAAUGUCAAAUAUAUCAUCAAAUAAUAAUACUAAUACCAAUAUUACUUAUACUGGUGCCGUUGAUUCGCCAUUGGUUACUUGUCUUAAAAUGUUUAAUGAUCAAGGUUGCAGAGUUGCAGGAACCGCAGACCAACCAGAUGCUUAUUGCUAUGCACCCAACGCCAACAACAAUAACAGUGGAAGUGGUGAUGGACACAAAGGCACCAAAUCAUAUGAUCCUACCCCAGGUCAAAUUGCAGGUAUUGUCAUUGGUGUAUUGGUCGGUAUUGCUAUCAUCGUCCUCGUCGUAUUCAUUGUUUACAAGAGACACCAAAAUGCUAAAAAAUAUCGUUCCUUUUAA